AUAUGAUGACAGUGUGGAUCAUCCAGUGAAUUGUUUGGUCUGCUAGAGAAAUCUCUCCACCUUCUCAAUGGACACUCCAUUAUGUUACCCCAGUUUUAAACCUGACAUGGAAAGCAUAAUGUCUGUGAUGCAUGAUCUUAAGGAAAAGAACUUGUCAGACAACACCCUUUUCUCCAACUUGGACUUUGCUGAGAGAUUCCUUCGAGACCACCCUCUAAAAAAGAAUUCAAAAUUGUUGGUUAAAGGAAACUACUCUUGUGUACAAAUUGGUCAGAGUAAAGAGACGAUUUUUAUUGUAACAUCAGAAAACAACCAAGCCUGUGUUGAUGUCUAUAUCCACAACCUAUUUUGGAAAAAAGUCACAAAGCAUUGCAUUAAUGCCCGUCACUUUUUUAACCACUCUUGCCAAGAUGAGUUUAACUCCUGUUUUACACAGGCCCAAGAAGCUGUUAAUGAGGGUCUGUCAAGACUACACAUUAAAUGCAACAGGUUCUCCAUCACCUACACCUCAGAAUCUGGCAGUCCAGGCACAACUGUGGAAACGAAGUGUCAUUUAAAGCUUGAGAGCCUCACUGCUGAGGGUUUUCUGAACAAAAAAGUCUGGCUGCAGAAAGAGAAGCCCACAUGUCCCGGUUUGAUAGCAUGCCUAGACUAUCUCAUAAAGCAAUACCUUACCACAAACAAUUCUCUAACGCACUGCUAUAGAUUUGUCAUACAUGCAGACAAAGAAAUAAUCAAAAUUACUUCAGGUGAAUAUUUUACCAGUGAGUAUGUAUUGCUACAUGAUAAUAAUGAGGGGGUCUCAAUGUUUCCUCCAAUACUGCAAUAGAAGCUAUGACAGCACUCCAUAAUACUGCAACACAUUUUGUUUAAAAGACUUGAUUUAAGUAAUUCAUUAUAUCCACAUAAUCACAUUAUGUAUAUUUAUGACUAAACUGUAAGAUAGUUGAAAAUAUUAGCCCUCAAGUAAUAUAUCAAUGAUGGCAUUACCUCUCGAGUCAGUACAGUAUAUGCAAUGCCUAUUGUUUUGUGCUUCUUUUUUUAUUUGUGACAAGCUAGUUUUUAAUAGAUUUACAUUUGCAUGUUUUCCUACUUCAUCUGUUUACUGACAGAAAAAUGUAGUAGAUUCUAUUAUUUUGUACUCAAUUUGU